AUGAAGGGAGAACUUCUCCUUUUCCUGGGCUGUUUCUUAGCCUGUCAGAAGACAUCCUUCGCCUCAAUAUCGUCGGAAAGGUCUAACGAACCGAUCUUUAAGUUUACUCAAACCGAUUAUCGUUUGGGAGCCAUCGUCAGGCAGAUCGACGAGUUGAAUCGACUGAACAGAACCACGAAUCGCUAUAGGGCGGCGUUCGCCGUCCAAUCAGGCGGCUUCAUGGAUUACAGCUUACCCUUUAACUCGGAGUUCGAUGAUAUUUAUAAAACCAUAGGACGGAUUGACCACCUAUACGAAAAAAUAGGAAAAUAUGAGAAGGCCAGGUUUGAAAAUAGCACCCAAAUUCGUUUCGCGGAAAGUAUCCUAAACACUGAGCAAAACGAGAAUACGAUGGACAAGUUGCACGCUUCGUUCUUCGGAAGCGAAUACCAACCCUUCGGGGGAAAGAAUCUGCUCAGAUCCGUCAUCAAUGGCUAUCAGGAAUAUCCGAACAGGACUUGCAGGACUCCUCAGUCCCCCCAGCAACAUCUGUACUCCCUGUAUGUGGACAUCGCCCUCACCGAACUAAAGUCCCUUGCCAUGCUGGAGUGGUCCUGGCUAUUCCUGGGGCAGUUCGAGAGGACCGGGUUCACCGUGCAGCAGGAAAUAGUGCGGGAGGGCUUCGAGCGCAGAAUGAAACGCACUCGAAAGCUGAUAAAGGACCAAAUGAGCGUCCCUGAUCAAUCCGUUUGGCGCUGCGAUCCCGAAGAGCCCAAGGCCGGAGUCACCUACGACGAGGUUACCCGCCUCCUGCAGGGCCACAUAGAAAACGAGAAGGAUCUAAACCCCGAUGGAACAUGCCGACGUGAUUGCGCCCACUACCAAUUGGCAAGAAGCUAUUCAUGCCAACACGGGGAGCUUUGCACCAAACAGCCGAGCUGCAGAGGUCGCCUGCACAAUUGCCAGUUUUUGGAGUCCAACCUGGAGGUGUGUCAUUCGGAGAGGGGCUCUAACAGGCGAUACGAUUUCAUCCAGGGCGAAAGCGGGCGUCACCUGGGACCAGCUAAAGGGUGCAGCAGGAAGAUGAACAGAGCUGAAAGCUGGCGAAGUUGGUUUUUCGAGUGUCAUUACUGUUUCUGCCUGUGUGAUGAGGAAUUCCAUUCGGAUCGCUUCUUCAACCUGCGCCCAGUGAUCGCCGAUAUAGGACGUAACAGAGUUGUCACUGGUCUGCGAUUCCAAAAGCACAAUCGCAUUUUCCACCUUCAGAUCCAGCAGGGCGAGCUUCUGGCAAAUGGGGCCAUCAAUGGGACCGCUCUCGAAUGGAAACCCCUGGAUUCUUACAGCAUUUUAGAUAAGAACGUUAAGAUGGACGUGGACUUCCACGCGCUGAGCUACGAGAAACGGUCCAUCGAUCUAGUUGAGCUCAGAAAUCAAAGCAACUUCCUAGUGACUGGCUUGCGGUUCCGUGUGGUUGGAGGCCAUCUUAAUCUGGAGGCACAGUUCACUGGGUUUGACUUCAAGAGCGGUCGGCUCACUGAGAAGACUUAUUGGUCGUCAGCGGGCACCGAUAAGGCCAGGAGGAAAGUGGUCCUAGAAAACUCCAAGGUGUCCUCAGAAUCCUCCACACCCUCGGAGCCUUAUCCCAGCGACAACGACCAGUAUGUGGAGUUUAUACACUCGGGCCUGGAAGAGGACGCCGCCCAGAUCACUGUGCCCCUCAUCGACAUCCAAGAAGUUGUCUCCGCGCCUCCGGUCCCCCUUUCCGGGAUUGGAGUAUACUACAAGGGCAGCAAAGGAUACGGUGGCUACGUGGCUCCCAAACUGAUCACCUACGACUACAGCCAGAAUGUCGAGUUGCCCACAAUGGAGUCGGUGGUUUAA